UGGACGCAGGACGCAAUCGGUGGUGAUGUCGUUGCCGAAUGACGCGGCCGCGGUGCUCGCCUUCUGGUUCGAGGGCGACCAGCAAGAGAUCUACCGCACCAAGUGGUUUCCUCCGGCUGGCAGCGAGAUCCAAGCGCUAACGGACAAGCGCAUCUCGGAGACCUUUGGCCCGCUCCUCGCCGCCGCCGAGCGACGCGAGCUGCAUGCCGACUGGUGCGCGUCGCGCGAAACGUUCGUGGCACUCAUCGUGCUGCUCGACCAGUUCUCGCGCCAUGUGCACCGCCACGACGCCGACAAGCGCGCGGCCAACGACGUCCUCGCGCUGGCGCUGGCCGAAGCCUUUGUCGCCGCUGGCCACCACGAGACGGUGCCGACCAACUACUUUGUGUUCGCGCUCAUGCCCUUUCGCCACACACCAACGCACGCGCGCCUCGCGUCCGUCCUCGAGCACAUUGAUCGCCGUGAGGCGCUGCUCGCAGAGCACACGGACAUUCUGUCCAAGUUUCGUCGGACGACCGUGCAGCGCCAAGCGCACUUGCGCCCUGCGUCGACAGCUUGCGUGACCAACGCCGACGGCGAGGACGAGUUUGACAUUCUCGAGCGCGCGGCCUUCCUACACCCGGACGAAGACAAGCUGUUGCCCAAGCACGUGCUGACGCCGCUCAUGCACAGCUUCCUCAGCGCGAUGGACGCAGGAUCGCCGGUCUGCCCUGCGAUUGGCAUUUCGCUUUCGGGCGGCGUCGACUCGAUGGUCAUCGCCUACUUGCUCGUCAAGCUGGCGCCGCGCUACAACAACUUCAAGGUCGUUGCCGUGCACAUCGACUACAAGAACCGCGCCGAGAGCACGGCCGAGGCGAAUUAUGUCGAGGAAUGGUGCAAGCCGCUCGGGAUCGAAUGCUACGUGCGGCGCAUCGACGAGUGCCAGCGCGCGACGACCAAGCGCGAGGAGUACGAGCGCAUCUCGCGCGACAUUCGGUACACGACGUACGCCGAGGUCAUGGCGCGCCACAGCAUUCCGGGCAUGUGCGUCGGGCACCACCGCGGCGACGUCCAGGAAAACGUCAUCUCCAACAUGAUGAAGGGCCAGUCGCUCCUCGGGCUCAACGGCAUGAGCACGUGCUCGAGUGUCAACGGCGUGCGCAUCUGGCGGCCGCUCCUCGCGAUCGACAAGGACGCCAUCUUUGACUUUGCCCACGUGUUUGGCGUGCCGUACAUGAAGGACACGACGCCGCAGUGGAGCACGCGUGGGAAGCUCCGGCGACAGCUCAUGCCGCUCCUGCACGAAAUGUAUGGCGCGGGCUACUUGAACAACCUCUCCAACCUCGGCCAGGAGGCCACCGAGUGCGCGAGCGUGCUAGAGACCAUGCUGCUGGGGCCCGUGCUGCUGACCGUGCAGCACUCGGCGCUCGCGGUGUGGAUCGACUUGACGCUGCUGGCGCCGCAGCCCAUGUUCAUUUGGAAGGAGAUUCUGCGCCGCGUGUGCCAUGAGCGCAUGGGUGAGCGCAUGAUCCGCGACAAGCCGAUGCUCGAGCUCCAGCUCAAGGUCAUGAAGCCCAACAUGAAGGCGUCGUGGAUCACGCUCAAGAAGCAGACCAAGUCGUUCAUGACCGACGACCGCCAGCUCAUCCUCUUCCGCGAGCCAGUCUUUCAGAUCAAGGUCCCGCGCGGCCUCGAGAUCCCGCUGGGCACGACAACGCAGUGGCACAAGUGGACAAUCUCGCUCUCGGUCGAGCAGCCAGCGGCGGAGCUCGUUGAGAAGCGGCUCGACAUGUGGGACGUCAUCCGCGCGAGCGGCGUCGAGUACCUCCUCCCGCACGCGCCCAAGUACGUACUCGACACGGAAGACCGCGACGUGUCGCUCCGCAGCAUCGACAAGUGCCUCACAGACGCCAUGCCGCUCGUUGUGAACCAAGGUGUCUUCUCCGACUCGGACGCCGUCGUCCGCGUGCAGCUGCGCUACGGUUAACCUCCAUUCUCCUGCGCAUCGUGCUACCACUUAAUCCUACAGCGAGGCAGUCGUAAACACCCUUUCUAUGGGCAAUCGGCCUAGCGUCAUCGCGACGAAUUCGCAUAGAUGAGUGCAUAUGGCUAAUACGGGUGCUCCAACCA